UCUAUCAUUUUAAAGGUACUUGGGCAAGACAAAAAGGCUCCACUUAGCUCAGAAUCAGUAUCAUCAGGAAAAACAAACAUUACCAUAGGUGAAGCCCUUGAAGCCACUGCUCUCACCGCCGGAAACAGGCCGGUGGAUUACAGCGACGCGGCAGCGAUACAGGCGGCAGAAGUGAGAGCCACCGGACGUACCAACAUUAUCCCUGGUGGAGUUGCUGCUGCAGCUCAAUCAGCAGCUACUCGCAAUGCUCGACUUACCAAAGAGGAAGAGAAAACAAAACUGGCCGAAAUCCUCGCGGACGCGAGUUCAAAAUUACCAGCGGAUAAGCCGGUGACACGAAAAGAUGCAGAGGGAGUGAUAGGUGCUGAACUGAGGAAUGAUCCAAACCUGUGCACCCGUCCGGGUGGUGUGGCUGCUUCUAUUGCUGCCGCUGCAAGGCUCAACCAAAGUCACACCACAACCAGCACCAAUAAUCAAAACAGCAACAAUCUCAAACAAAAACUAAACUAGAACGACCGAGUACACUACUGUAAUAUCUAAUCCUGCAAUUUUCUUCUCCAUUUUGACAUUUUCUCCGGUGUCUUCUUCCCGUCUUUAAAUCUUUCUGUUCUUUUAUUUUUUUCUCUUUUAAAAGUAUAACCCCAUUUGAUAUUUUCUCCUGCCUUUAUGGUCAAGGAACUGUUACAAGCCCAAAUUGAGGCUUAGCUAAUAGAAUUGUAAUUUUGUAGUGAAUAAUACUUGGAGAAUCUGUCAAGUCAGUUUCUUUUCAUUUCCCUCUGUGCAAGGGUUGAAGAGUAUUUGAAGUUCUCUUUUUUUGAAGAGCAUGUACUUUUUUGCUUC